AUGGCCGACAUUACCCAAACGGACGUUUCACGACCCUCAGCACUCCCCAGCGCUCGACUUCGUCCUUCUGCAUCGCAGGCGCAAUCAAUUGUUGACCAGAGUUCGGACGAAUAUCUUGAUUUCGUUGAGGAAGAAUGGAACAAGAAGAUCGACGUUGAAGUUGAAACGCUUGUGGAUGGGAUGGUUGAUAUUGUCAACCUUGCUUCAAUUGGAGACAAAGAUAAAUUCAGAAUCGCACAGGAAUCCUUUCAGGCGCAAUGUCGAGCAGAAUCCAUGGUUCGCGCGGCACACUCGUUGCUUUCCAUCACACACUCUAUGAAGCUCCUUUUGCUGCUCUCGGAUGAGUCUCAGAUCUCUCAGCAGCGGGACAGGGCGUUGAGUGAAGCAAGGUCGGAUGCGAAAGAGGCAAAGAAGAAGGUUGCGGAGCUCUUGGAUGAGUUACUCGGAAACGCGAAGGAAGGCGUCGAUGAAAUAACGCGCGAGCCUUCUGCAAUGGUCGGUAUUAGCAGAUGAGCGUGUCAGGAUGUUGAGUUCGGUCUAGACGGAUCAUUACCGCCGGGUCGUGCGUCAAUCUAUCAGGAACUGAGGCUAUUCGCCUUUACUGCCCGAUGUUCAAGCAUCGUCCAUCUUCCAUGUGGGCAUACAAAUAACUUAGGUGUAAUACUCAUUCGCGGAUACUUUCUACAGACUCGACGAGGGUAGACCUUGAUGCCCACGUUUGUAAUGACGCUAUGCUGACGAAGACGGAAGAAUCUUUGACUGCGGCCGUUGCGUUGAUGUCAGCAGGACGACUUGGCGUGCGAGGCGUUCAUUAGAUAUGGCAGAGGUGGUACUCGCAAACGUACUCGCAAGCACGGAUAUUAUACUGGUGAGAUUGCGAGCAUAUAUUGGGAGAGUCCAUCUUUGCGUUUAGUUGAUUCAGUUUUUCUUGACGUCACCUUGUAGAAUUGUAGACUUUGUAUAGUGUUCCGAGGAUGUAUUCAUAUGAAUAGUCCACCAUUAUCGUCAUGAUUUCAAUUGUAUCAUAUGUUU